AUGUCUACUCUAACAGCCGAAGAGAAGAGAUUACAAAAUAUACGAUUCAGGCAAUGGGGUUCUUAUGUCGGUGAAAGACAAUGGGCUACUGUUAGAGAAGAUUAUUCCCAUGACGGUGAUGCUUGGCUGUCAUUUCCAUUUGAACAUUCAAAAUCAAGAACUUAUCGUUGGGGUGAAGAUGGUUUAGCUGGUGUUUCAGAUAGAAGACAAUUGAUUAAUUUGACAAUGGCUGUUUGGAAUGAACAGGAUGAGAUCUUGAAAGAGAAAUUAUUCGGACUUACCAACGGACAAGGUAAUCAUGGGGAAGAUGUUAAAGAAUUGUAUUAUUACCUUGAUAAUACUCCAUCACACUCUUAUAUGAAGUACUUAUAUAAAUACCCUCAAACAAAGUUCCCUUACGAGGAAUUGGUUGAUGAAAACGCCAAGAGAACAAGAUUAGAUUGUGAAUAUGAAUUGACAGAUACAGGUAUAUUCAAAGAUAACAAAUAUUUUGAUAUUGUCUUCGAAUGUGCCAAAGGUGAUGAUUCACCUGAUGAUUUAUAUUUCAGAAUUACUGCUUAUAAUAGAAGUGACGAACCAGCUCCAUUACAUAUUUUACCUCAUUUAGUCUUGAGAAAUACAUGGGCAUGGGGGACUGAUGAAUCAACCAAGAUCCCAAAACCUUCAGCAAAGCAACUCAAUGAAUAUACAAUUGAAAUUGAACAACAGAGGUUUGGUAAACGUUAUUUAUCUUUCGCUCCAGCUCCAGGUUGUACUGAAGAUUCACCAGAUAUCGAACCUAUCCUUUUAUUCACUGAAAAUGAAACAAAUACAAAAAGAUUAUAUGCUCAACCAAAUAAACACAAAUACGUGAAAGAUGCUUUCCACGAUUAUGUUAUCGAUGGAGUCAAAGAUGUCGUUAAUCCUGCUAAGAACGGUACUAAAGCAUGUGCCUGGUUCCAAUUUAAUCAAAAUGGAGGGGUUCCUCCUGAUGAUUAUGUAACAAUUCGUUAUAAAUUAACCAAAGAAAAUACCGAAGUAGAUGAAUUCGAAUUAGAUCAAAUUCUUAGUAGACGUCAAAAUGAAGCUGAUGCAUUUUAUUGGAAGAUUACUCCAUUGCCUAUCAGUGAUGAAUUGAGACAAAUCCAAAGACAAGCUUUUGCUGGAUUAUUAUGGACCAAGCAAUUCUACUAUUUUAUUCAUAAUUAUUGGUCCACUGGGGAUCCUGAUACUGUGAAACCUCCUAUUAAUCGAGCUAAUGGAAGAAAUAAAGAAUGGAGUCAUAUGUAUAUUGAUGAUAUUUUGUCUCUUCCGGAUAAAUGGGAAUAUCCUUUCUUCGCCGCUUGGGAUUCAGCAUUCCAUUGUAUUCCAUUUGCUAUGAUUGACCCUUGGUUUGCUAAAAAUCAAAUUGAUUUAUUAUUGAGAGAGUGGUAUAUGCAUCCGAAUGGACAAAUACCAGCAUAUGAAUGGAAUUUCAACGAUGUCAAUCCUCCUGUUCAUGCCUGGUCUGCAUAUAGAAUUUAUAAGAUUGAAAGAAAGAUGUAUGGAAUUGAAGAUACUGAUUUCUUAGAACGGGUGUUCCAAAAAUUGAUGAUGAAUUUUGCUUGGUGGGUUAAUAGAAAGGAUGCAAAUGGAAACAAUGUUUUUGAAGGUGGGUUCUUAGGGUUAGAUAAUAUUGGUGUAUUUAAUAGAUCUGAAGAUUUACCUACUGGAGGUAGUUUAGAACAAGCUGAUUCUACCGGUUGGAUGGCAUUCUUUGCAUUACAAAUGUUGAAUAUCGCAUUGGAAUUAGCAAAGACUAGACCGGUUUAUGAAAAUAUCGCAUCCAAGUUCUUUGAACAUUUUAUUCUUAUUGCUGAUGCCAUGACUUUUAGAGGUGCAGAUCAAGAUGAUGCUGGUUGUACCAAGAAUUCACUUUGGGAUGAUAAAGACAAGUUUUACUAUGAUCAGAUUCGUUAUGGGGAAGACCAUGCACAAUCCUUACCAGUUAGAUCAUUAGUUGGUUUGAUUCCAUUAUAUGCUUCUUUAACCUUAGAACCAGAAUUAUUGGAGAGAUUCCCAUCGUUCAAGAAACGUUUAGAUUGGUUCCUUGAACAUAGAAAGGAUAUCGCAGCUAGAAACAUCGCAUCAAUGGAAUCGAGAGGUGUAGGAGAAAGAUUAUUGUUAUCUUUGGUUUCCAAAGAGAGAUUAGUGGCAAUUUUGGAAAAGAUGUUGGAUGAAGAUGAAUUCUUAUCUCCAUAUGGUAUUAGAUCAUUAUCUAAGUAUCAUAAGGAUCAUCCUUUUGAAAUGGAAGUAAAUGGCCAAAAGUUUAAAGUUGAAUAUUUACCAGGAGAAUCAGAUUCUGGUAUGUUUGGAGGUAAUUCUAAUUGGAGAGGUCCAAUUUGGUUCCCAACCAACUUUUUAUUAGUUGAUGCAUUACAAAGAUUCUAUUUGUAUUAUGGUCCAGACUUGAAAGUUGAAUGUCCUAAAGGUUCCGGUGAUUUUUUGAAUUUAGCUCAAUGUGCUCAAGAAAUCCAACAUCGUUUGAUUCAUUUAUUCCUUAGAGAUGAAGAUGGUAAUCGUGCAUGUAAUGGAGACAAUGAUCUUGCCAAUAAAGAUCCUUACUUUAAGGACUAUGUUCCAUUCUAUGAAUAUUUUGAUGCUGACACGGGUAGAGGGUUAGGUGCAUCGCAUCAAUGUGGUUGGACGGCAAUUGUUUCGAAAUGGAUUCAUGAUAAUGGUUCUUCCACUAAAAUUCCAAGAACUCCACGUACCCCAAUCAAAAGAAGAAAGUCGUCAGUUUAUAUACACGAUACCGAAGAUAUUUCUUGUAUUGACGAGGACAAGGUUAUGCAAUACUUCCUCAAAUCAGGUAGUCCAACACCGGGUAAUAAAUUGGUUAGGAGAAAAUCUGGAAAAUCAUUAUUGAAUUUGACUGUGCAUGCUCUUGAUUUGAAUGAAGAUGAAGGUAGUGUUCAAGCUGCUGCUGUUAGAGAUUUAGCUGAUUUAGAUAAGGGCGUUCCUGUUGAUGCAGAGAAGUUGAAGAAUGAACUUGAUGAAAUCACCAAGACCCAAUCUGCUGCUUCUAUUGACUCGAAUGACCAUGGACACGAUUUCAUGGAUCAAAUAAGGUCAGCAUUUGAAAAUUACAAGAUUAAAACACAUGACUCGGAGGAUGUUGCAGAUGAAUUUGAGACGAGAACUCAUUAUGGUUCUGGACAUCCUUAG